AUGGAAUCUGCGUUAGGUGGGUUAUCUUGGAUGCUAGAAGACCUGGAAGCUGGAUACUACCAGCAACAUAGAUGGCAUUUUCAAUGGCAACAAUUGCCAAGGUGGUAUAGGUGGAGUAGCAAGAAACAACACUGGCAUAAACCACCAAAAGGUUGGUACAAAUUCAACAUAGAUGGCGCUUUCAAUGGCAACAAUUGCCAAGGUGGUAUAGGUGGAGUAGCAAGAAACAACACAGAAAGCUGGAUACUAGGGUUUCACAUGAAAGUUCCGACCAUAUCAGCAACACAAGUGGAGCUCCAAGCCUUGAGAGGAUGUCUGCAAAUCAUAAUGCAACACAACUUAAUGCCAGUGAAAAUAGAGACAGAUGCAUCAGAGAUUAUCCAUAUGUUAGACAAUGAUCACCCUACUUAUACAAAACUAAUCUAUGAAUGCAGGUGGUUGAUGAAGCAAACAAAGAGGAAGGGUCAGGUGGUACUCAGGCAUAGCUUCAGACACGGGAACGAGGUGGCGCAUGACUUGGCAAAAAUGGCACUAAUGCAGCCCAACAUUAAUAAAAUGUCCCUUCUGGCAACUCCACCGGAACCAGCAAUACAACAGUAUCAAUAG